CAUCACUAAUGCAAAACUUUUUCAGUUGCAGCCGCGAGCGCAACAACAGGGAGAGAAACGCAAAAAAAGCCGGGAGAAGUAAACGGAGGACAACCGACAAAUAUAUAUAUAUAUUACAAUUCUGCCAAAAAGUAAGUUGAACAAUAUAUAAAAAAUGGAAAGCAAUCGCUUGAAACGCCUGCGCUCCGAAGACGAUGAGAGUAACAAUAACGUUACUCAAACAAAAGUCUGGGUCAAUGACAAAAUCAAUGAUUUGCGUGAUCCAGACAAAAUGAAAGCGGUGCACGAUAAAACCACAAAGAUGCUAUUCCAAGCGGCCGCCAAGGAUGCUGGCAAUCAACAGCAGACAACAGAGCCCCAGACAGUUAAUUUGUAUGAACAAUAUCAAUUAAUUGGCGAUGGCAAUAUCAUAUUGCGUGACCUAAAUCCAGAUGUCUCAAAUCCAGGGCUGGAACGUCGCCUGUCCACAUGCUGUCAGCGGCCGACACUAAUACGAGGGACUUGUGCUAAUUGCACAUUUGAUUUGUGCGAAGAGUGCGGCUAUUCAUGUGUCGAGUGCAAUCAGUUUAUAUGUCGCACCUGUGUCACCUUAUUUGGAAAUCGUCCAGAGGAAGCUGAGCGCCCGUUGUGUGAAGUUUGCCAAAUGUUUGUUGCUUGAGCGACAAAAGACUUUUUUGAGUACGUGUAUACGCGCACACACACACAUUCAUCACAUCACACACACAUACACACACACACACAUGCAUACAAAAGCUAACUGCUACAACACGCAUCAUCAAAUGUCAGCGACUGAUUUAAAA